AUGGACAAUCACAAAAAAUAUGACACGUUAGCGUCAAAAUUACUCAUAUGUUUCAGCUUGCCCUCUUUCAUAUUCUAUGUACUCAGUACAGUUUUGGAUUUUGCUACAGGAAAUUUAAAUAGACUAGAUAUAAACAUUUUUACGUAUACAAUAUUGAAUGUAUCUCUGCCAAUCAUCCCGGCGAUACUCUCGGAAUUAGUUAUAUCUGAAGUGGACAAAAUCAAAUCUCACCUAAAGAAGCAACUUCUAAUUUGUCCAAGUGUCCCUCUUCAACAAAGUAUAUACGACAGCCUUUAUUACCUUGAACUCAGGCCAUUCAAAUACAGUGUUCUACGUAUUUUCCAUGUCGACAUCAGCUUGCCUUUAGCUCUCAUUAGUUUUUGUACAACUUAUUCUAUUAUUAUUGUUCAGUUUACGUCUGUGUUAGGA